UCGUGGAUGGCAGACAAGGAACUACUUGCCGGCCUCGAAGAGCAAGCCGCCGGUGUUCUGUCUUUCCGCAAUCACGUCGAGCCUGACGAAGAGUUCGAGGUUUACUACACGAGCCUGAAUCCCAGGAACAACGUCAGGAACCCGUGGUUUCGGGAGUUCUGGGAGUCGCACUUCCAGUGUUCACUUGACAGCGAAGGUGAAACUGCCGACCACUAUGAGCGGAAGUGCACAGGUGAUGAGUCACUGAGUGAAGGCUACGAGCAAGACCCGCAAAUCGACGGCGUCAAAAGCGCCAUCUACUUGAUCGCCCGUGCGCUGCACAAUAUGCUGGAUGACUACUGCCAAACGAGUGUCGACAAGAAUUGCUAUCGGCGCGUCCACGUCGGUGGUGACAAGUUCUUCGAUUACCUCUUCGAAGCGACCCCAGUGUACCAGCAAAGCAUACCUGAGCUCAAUAAGAAGCGUAGCACGAUUCCGUGGUACGACGUGGUUAACUUUAUCAAAGCCGAUGACGGCGAUUACGAUAUCGAGACUGUGGGGACCUGGUCCAACGAUCAACUCAAGGUGUUCAAGACACCCCAAUGGAGCUCGCAGGGCAACACCGAGGUGCCCACAUCCGAAUGCGGAAAGCCGUGCCCCAUUGGACACGUCAAGGUACACCAGUCGAUCACAAAGCCGUGUUGCUGGAAGUGUGUCCAGUGUGCCGACAACCAGUACGUGCAGGGCGAUUACCUUUGUUCUCAAUGCAAGCAAGGAACGUGGCCGAAUGAGAACAUGGACGGUUGUGAGCGGAUUCCCCAGAAGUACGCGCAGUGGACCGAAGCCGGUUCCAUACUGACCAUCGUAAUCUCCGCCCUGUCCAUCACGAACACCGUCUGCACGACGGCCGUCUUCAUCCGGUACGCCCUGUCACCCAUCGUGAAGAUGACGUCCCGAGAGCUGUCGUUCGUCUUGCUGGCGGGUGUCCUGCUCAGCGAGGCUGGUACCUUCGCCGUCGUCUCCAAGCCUUCAGUGGCGUCCUGCCUGCUCGAGCGGCUCUGUCCCGUGCUGGGAGUGGCCACGGUGUACGCCGCCAUCUUCGCCAAGGCGUACUUGCUGUGCCGCGUCCUGGCGGCGACCAAGAGUCCAGGCUUCCCUGCCGCCGUAAAUGCAGCCCGGGUCGUGAGCACUCGGUCGUUGUUGCUGAUCGCGGGAGGCCUGGUCGCCGUGCAGUUCUUUAUAACGGCCGCUAUGCUCAUCUUUGAUAAACCGGGAACGGUGCAGGUCUACCCGGCACCUAAUCGCUCCUUCCUGAUAUGCAACGUGAGUGACCUCGCAAGUCAUCUGCCGUGGGUGUACAACUACCUACUCAUUGUUCUGUGCACGGCGUUCGCCUUCAGGGCCAGGAAGCUUCAAACCACCUUCAACGAGGCCAAGAUGAUCGGGUUCGCGAUGUACGCUACCGUUGUGAUUUGGAUUGCUUACGUGGCCGUCUACGUCGGGAGCGAGAACAACCGAAAGCUGUCCCUCUGUCUCGCCAUAAGCGCAUCUUCUCAAGUGCUGCUGGGGCUUCUCUUCCUCACCAAGAUAUACGCCAUGCUUUCCGAGCCCGUGAAACACGCCUGCUGCUUCGUGUUCGGCACUCGACCAGCUCUUACUAGCCAGGUCUCUGUAGUCGAGGAUCUCGGACACGAGGGACCCCAGAGCUCCAGCGGGUCGCUCGAAAGCUUGGCUCAAAAUAAAACAAAGUGACCCCUGUU